AUGGUAUCAGCACCCGAAGUGACAGUAUUCAAAGGUGAAUACACUCCAGGUGCUAAGGACUUUAAAGUCUCAACUGGCGAUUCUCCGCGGGAGGCACCCAAAGCCGACAGCUCGCAUGUGCUCAUUAUCGGCGGUGGUGUCAGCGGAUUGCUGGUCGCAUGGAUGCUUCUCGACCAGGGCACUCGAGUAACAAUUCUUGCCAAAGAGUGGGCACGCACUUGGGACUUCAGCGAGUCACGUAUCACUUCUCAGAUUGCGGGGGCUUUAUGGGAGAUGCCCCCGGGGGGUUGUGGCUUGACUGAAAUCGAAUCUCCAGGCGCGGGCUGGGCCACUGUGCAACAUUAUCGAGACUGGGCCAUGCAAAGCUAUGCAUUCUAUACGGCCUAUGCAGACAUUUCCGACGAACACGAGAAAGGCGGUCACUCCUUGGGCCUCUCCGUCGCCAAGCUUCAUCAAUUCUUCUAUGAAGACGUCAUCUCCAGCUGCACCGACAGAUCAUUGCCACAAUAUGAACACAACGACAAGUAUAAGGCCAUCAAGACUUACGUCAUCAGCGGCGAUGCCUCCAGGAAUUAUGCCGCGAAAAGGAUGAUUCGCAAUCAUGCUGUAUACCAUAACAAAGAGGAAAUCACAAAUGCCUUCAAGCAACCAUCUAUCAAUCUGAGCUACGGUGGAAAGGAGUUCAAAAGCGGCUACACCCAUGACGCCCCGAUUAUCAAUACUGACAAGGCAUUGGGCUAUCUCAUGGCGCUUGUCCAACGAAAGGGGGCAACACUGGAGACCCGAGUGGUGAAAGAUCUUAAGGAAACUGGUCGGCAGUUGCUAGCAGACUACAAGGCCGAUGUCAUUGUCAAUGCCACAGGUCUCGGUGCCAAAGAGCUAGUCAACGACCAGGAUGUGUACCCUGUUCGUGGCGCAAUCCGUCGCGUUGAGAAUACGCGCUACAGCAAGUUCCGUCAUCUGAAUGACGCCUAUCUGGUUCCUGCACAAAUGGGGCCGGGGAAUGUACCCACCAAGACGGUGUUCAUUGUGCCUCGAAACGACGACAUCCUCUACGUGGGCUCCAUCAUCCAACCACAUAGCGAUACGAUGAACCUGACUGCUGAAUCGCCCGAAGUCCGGCAGAUGUGGGACAGGGCAGGAGAGUUCAUGCCCAGCCUGAGUCACGCAGGCUUUGUGAACCACUUCCCUUUUGCCCAAGGGUUGCGUCCAUUCACCAAAAAGAAUGUCAAGGUCAGGGCUGAUGAGGACUGUGGAUUUCCUCUCGUUCAUAACUAUGGACACGGAGGAUCUGGCUGGACACUUGGCGUUGGAACUGCUCAGUGCGCAGUUUACAUUAUCCAGAAACUUAUCUCCGACAAAAGGGAUCUCUUAAAAGUGGUCAAGUCCGCAGAUACGUGGGCGGAUCCAACUAGGCAGAACAGGAUUGUCAAUGCAAUAGAGGGAACCCUGGGAGAAACUGAGAAGCAGGAGCUCCUGACAGCGAUUCAGGGUUCGCCAAGUGCUAAGUCCUACUUGGCCAACAGGCUUAUCAAUGAUAAAACUGUUUUCGUACAAUUAGUGGAGUCAAGUUGUGAGCAGCCUGAGAAGGACGACUUUCUCGACGAUAUCAAAGGAUCCCUGGAUGAAAACGCCAAACAAGCACUUUCGGGAAAGAUUCAGACUUCACCACUUUUAACACUCUACCUGAAAGACAAGCUUUUCGCUGAUAAACCUGGUCUUUUAGAAGUGGUUAUGCGGUCAAACUUGGAUCCAACGGUGCAGCAGAAGUUUCGGAAUGCAAUCAAGGGGACACCGGAACAAGCUGACAAGGACGAGCUUUUGGUCAAGAUAGACGCUUCAACUGAGGAGAAUAUCGACAAGGAUCGGCUUAAAAUGGUUGUCAACAAGUGGUAUGCAGAAUUGAACAAGGCGUCGGCUAAGGUUGUCAACGAUGCUAUAUACCUUCGAACUUGA